UAGAUUGCAACCGUAUCAGUGUAUCUCCAGACGCCGCGAGCGCUGCCACGAUGUGGCAAAUAAAGUCGUAUACGCGUAAUCUAUAAUUAAAAUAAACUUAUUUUGGUAUCAGUAGCUAUCAUCAUGAGUCAUCAUCAGACGAAUAGAAAGAUACAAUAUUGGGCGGGAUUAUGCGCGGCGUCAAACUUCAUGUUCACCGGCGCGGUGAUAUCGUGGCCUUCACCAGCUAUUCCUAAGUUCCAAAGCGGAGAGGCAGACGUGCAAAUUACUGAGGCGCAAAUAUCAUGGAUAGCGUCCCUGUUCGCCAUCGGCGCCAUCUUAGGGUGCAUCAUCGGGCACCCGCUGUUGGACCGCGUGGGCCGUCGCAAGGCGCUCCUCUGCGGGACGCUGCCAGGAAUCAUAGGUGCGGGUAUAAUACUAUUCACGAAGUCAGCCGAGAUGUUGUAUUUUCCAAGAAUAUUGUGUGGAGUUUCUUUAGGAAUGACUGCAGUGGUAGUAAUGAUCUACAUCACAGAAAUAGCUGACAAAGAGAUCAGAGGCGCGCUUGGCAUGUCUGUGCAAGUGACCAACAACCUUGGCAGCUUGAUCGUCUACUGCGUAGGUCCGUUCGUAACCUACAACAUGCUCAACGCGCUGGUGCUCGCCAUUCCUCUCGUCAACUUGCUGACCUGCCUAUGGAUACCUGAGUCGCCAUAUUACCAUGUAAAGGAUGGUAGGAUUGCGGCCGCUAGGGUAGAGUUUAUGAGGUUGAAGGGAACUAACGAUGAAAAGUGGGUGGACGAGCAGUUAGGAAUCAUACGGGCACAUGUGCGGGAAAGCAUGGAAAAUAAGACUACCCUCUGGGAGCUAGUCUCAAACAUGAAGUAUAGAAGAGCUUUGUAUAUCGUUACAGGCCUGAAGAUGCUACAAUACAUGACCGGCGGGAUGGCCAUCCAAGCGUAUCUCGAAGUCAUCUUCAGACAAAGCAGUUCCAUAUCUGGACCACUCGUCAGUAUUGUCUAUGGUUUCGUACAGCUUGUCACAGGAGUGGGUGGAGCACUGCUAGCCGGUUACUUCGGCCGACGGAUCCUUAUGUUCGUCUCGGACUUGGGCGUAGCGCUCUCAAUGAGCGCCCUAGGGCUUUACUUCUACCUCCAAGACACCGUCAAACUCAGCCCUGAUACACUCUCUACAAUCUCCUUCUUACCUUUAAUAGGGUUGUUCGGGUUUAACAUAUUUUAUUCCGUAGGCAUAGGGAUGUUACCUUAUGUGAUGCAAGCGGAACUGUUUCCUAUAAACGUAAAGACAGCGGCAUCUAGUUCAGCCACUGUUUUGGCUUGUGUCAUGAACUUUGUUAUAACCAAGUGUUACCACGGAAUCAGGGCAGGCUUGGGACACUCUGCCGUGUUCUGGGCCUUCGCUGUAGUUGGUUAUUUAGGUUUAUUUUUUAUAUACUUCUUCGUGCCAGAAACUAAGGAUAAAACGUUGGAAGAGGUGCAGGAUAAUAUGCUGGAAAAGAACCAAGAGUCUACAGCACUUAAAGAUAUGGAGGACAUUAGUUGAUGUAACCUUAGAGAAAAGCCAAU